AUGUCAGAAAUAGACUUAAAUAGUUCAAGACAAUUUAAAACCGUAGGAUUUGAUAGUAGAUUUCCAAAUAUGAACCAGCACUGUUAUCAAAAUUAUAUUGAUUAUCAUAAGUGUAUUAAUACACAUGGCGAAGAUUUUGCUCCAUGUAAGCAAUUUUGGAGUGCAUACCAUAGUUUAUGCCCUAAUGAAUGGAUGCAGCAAUGGGAUACGCAGGUAAACUACAUUACAGCACACUUACUCUAUUUUAACUGAUCGUUGGUAGAGAGAAGCAGGAAAUUUCCCUGGAACGCUUGAAUAAUUCUAUAAUUAUAUUUGA